AUGGAAUCGGAGGAUGAUAUGCAGGAUGCGAACGAAUUGGCGUCGGCGGAGGAGGAAGACUAUUACAGCGGCGGUGAUGACGAUAUUGAUGAGGGAUAUGCUGAAGAAGACUACAGCUAUGGGUACGGAUAUGGUGAUGGUGAUGAUGACACUGGUGAUUAUGAGUUCAUGACCAAUGACUCUGAUGCAGAUGAAGUUUCCGCUAGUCGUGCACAGAAUAAUUAUACCGUCUUGAAGGAAGAAGACAUACGUAAAAUACAAGGGGAAGAUAUUAUGAGAAUAUCUAAUGUUCUCUCGAUUUCUAGAGAAGCAGCAUGCAUACUGUUGCGCCGCUAUAAUUGGAAUGUGAAUGAUGUGCAUGAAGAAUGGUUUGCCGAUGAAGGGCGAGUCCGUAAAACUGUUGGUUUACUGGAGAAUCCGGUGGUUCAAUUUUUGAAUGAUAAGGAAGUGACUUGUGGGAUCUGUUUUGACAACUAUUCCCUUGAGCUGGUAUAUUCUGCAGCGUGUGGCCAUCCUUUCUGUGAUUCAUGCUGGAGAGCUUACAUUAGCACAUCCAUCAAUGGUGGCCCUGGAUGCUUGACGCUGAGAUGUCCUGGUCCAUCUUGUGGGGCUGCUAUUGGCCAAUAUAUGAUUGAUAUGUUGGCAUCUGACGAAGAUAAGGAGAAGUAUUGUCAUUACCUUCUGAGAUCUUUCGUUGAAGACAGCCGAAAGACCAAGUGGUGUCCUGCCCCGGGUUGUGAUUGUGCGAUUGAAUAUGUUGUUGGGAGUGGAAACUAUGAUGUCACUUGCAGCUGUUCGUAUAGCUUCUGUUGGAAUUGUACAGAGGAAGCUCAUCGUCCAGUGGACUGCGGAACAGUGGCCAAGUGGAUUUUGAAGAACAGUGCCGAGUCAGAAAACAUGAAUUGGAUAUUGGCCAACUCCAAACCUUGUCCGAAGUGCAAGCGUCCAAUUGAAAAGAACCAAGGUUGUAUGCACAUGACUUGCACUCCACCUUGCAAAUUUGAAUUUUGCUGGCUAUGUCUUGGUGCAUGGAUAGACCAUGGUGAGAGAACAGGAGGAUUUUAUGCAUGCAACCAUUAUGAGUCAGCAAAGCAAGAGGGAGUGUAUGAUGACACUGAGAGGAGGAGAGAGAUGGCCAAGAACUCCUUGGAAAGAUACACUCAUUAUUAUGAGCGGUGGGCUUCCAACCAACUGUCACGGCAAAAGGCAUUGGCGGAUCUACAGCAAAUGCAUAGUGUUCAUCUUGAGAAGCUUAGCGAAGUACAAUCCCAACCUGAGUCACAAAUGAAGUUCAUAAUUGAAGCCUGGCAACAGAUAGUUGAAUGUAGGAGGGUACUAAAAUGGACCUACGCAUAUGGAUACUAUCUACCUGAGUAUGAACCCACUAAGAAGCAGUUUUUUGAGUAUUUGCAAGGUGAAGCUGAAACUGGUUUGGAGAGGCUUCAUCAGUGUGCAGAGAAGGAGCUGCAGACUUACCUUAAUGCUGAAAGGCCAUCAAAAGAUUUCAAUGACUUCCGCACAAAACUUGCUGGUCUGACAAGUGUAACUCGGAAUUACUUUGAAAACUUGGUUAGAGCAUUAGAGAAUGGUCUCGCUGAUGUAGACUCUCAAGGAGCAUCUAGUAAGACAACCUCAAAGAGCAUAGCAGGGAGCAGUAAGGGAAAAGGUGGAAGGGGAAAGGGAUCUUCCCGGACUGGAAACACAGAUGAUUCAGGCAGUUGGGCAUGUGAUCAUUGUACGUACAUGAACUUUCAAUCUGCGACUACAUGCCUCAUGUGCAACCACCAUCGUUGA